AUGACUAAUACAUGGGUUGAUCGACUGUCCCAGUUUGAGAAGGAGGCUGUGCAACUGCGAGAAGUGGUGAGGAAGAGCAGACAGCUGGAGGAUCGCAUAGGGGAGUUGGAGAGGAACAAGUUGAACAUGCAGACUUACUUGCAGGAGGUCGAGGGAGAUAAACAGAGCCUGGAGGAGGAGAACCGACAGCUGAAGAGAGACAUGAACAAACUGAAUCCGCAAAGAAACUCAAACAUCCUGGCCGAAAUGAGGCUAUUGAAAAACGAAAACGCUGAAUUGAAAUCUUUUCUGGACGUGAACCCCUCGAAUAGCGAACCCAGAGGAGGAUCAUCUUCCGGCGGAGUAGCGAGUGGUCAGCCGGGCAUUGUGGCCCAGCUGGACUCUAUUGACCUGUUUGCUGAACUGGAGUCGCUGGAGGAGGAGAAUGCUAGUUUGGCGGACGCAAACCGGAAACUCCGAGAGGAGAAAAGAGACGUCAUGGUUAAACUCAGUCACCUGGAAGCUCAACUGCCGCAGAAACAGUUACCCUCUGACAGUAUUGUGUCCUCUUCGAUUCCUGGCAGUUUGGCAUUGCCAAGUGGGAGUGGAAAUGAGACUGCAGCAGUUCAGUCAGUGAAGCAGUUCCGACAGGAGGCCGAGAGGGCAGAGGCAACAGCAGACAAGUUGGCUCAGGAAAACAAACUGCUUAAGAAACAACUGGAGACAUCCAAGAUGAAGUCUAGCUCCGACAGGGAUGUGAAUGAGUUGCGGGCAGACGUCGACUGUCUGGAGGCCGAGGUCACUCUUCUGAGGAACGAGAACAAGGCACUCCGCGACAGAAGAAGGACCCUGGAACAGAGAAUACAAACGUUGGAGGAUAGCUUACAAGAGAGUCGCAACCAUGCAGACAAUAUAACGAUAGAGAACCAAGUUGAGCUGAACACUCUCAAGGCAGAUUUGAAUAGACUAAGCAACUCAGAAGCGAACCAAGAGGAUCCGAAAGGAGUUCAAGAUGGCGUCGUUCCUGCAAAGGAGUCUCUGGAAAGACUGAAACAGGAGAUUAGUGUUCUAAAACAACUGAGCAAGAGGCAGUCAGAACAAAUCGAUGCUUUCAAACAGGAAAAUGGCCAGUCAAAGCAUUAA